AUGAAGGUCGAAGUGCAAAGCAAGAAACUGAUCAAGCCGUCUGCCCCGACGCCGAACCACCGUCGAAAGCUAAACAUUUCAUGCAUAGAUGAGCUUCAGCAUCCAGGCUAUGCCGGUUUCCUAUUCUAUUACCGGGUCGAUGGCGAAAACCAUGAAGAUGAUAUUCUCCAGAGGCUUCACCGUUUGGAGGAGUCGCUUUCAGAAACCCUAGUGAGCUUCUACCCUCUAGCCGGUCGGUACAUCGAGGAAGGGCUCUUUAUCGACUGUAACGACCAAGGAGUAGAAUUUGUGCACACGAAAGUGAACGGCCAGCUCGAUCAUCUCCUCCGGGGAGACUUCGACACGGACCUGCUCGGCUGUUUGUCCGAGUUCCCGGUGGGACUAACUGGCAAUCCCCUAGUCGUAGUUCAAGUGAACGUAUUCGAGUGCGGGGGACUCGUGAUCAGCCUGCGCUCUUGUCACAAGUUAGGCGACAUGUCCGCUAUGGCGACAUUCAUGAAUUCCUGGGCCACCGUGUGCCGGAGUGGAACCAACGAGCUAGCCUCGCCAUAUUUCGGGCUGUCCUCUCUAUUCCCAGGGAAGGGGUCGGAAGCCACACGUUGGCCUCCACUCCGUGGUGGAGUAAAAUUUAUGAUGAAUCGGUUCGUAUUAAGCGGCGCGGCCCUAUCAAGACUAAAAUCAGCUGCGGCUAAACAGGCACGGAUAUCGAGAGUGGAGAUCGUGUGUGCACUCUUAUGUAAGGUGUUCGUAACCAUGGAUCGAGCGAAACACGGCCGCCUAAGGCCCCUUGUGGUUUGCCAGUCGAUGAACCUGCGUGGGAAAGUCAAUCUCCCGAUACCAACCGAUGCGUUCGGUAACUUCUACACCAUGGUCGUUGCCCGACACAUGAUGGAUCCAGACAACCUGAACCUCGAGGCAUUUGCGAGGGUGAUCCACGGUACGUUGGCGACCGCCAAGGCGAGGUAUGCAGCAGUAGCGGACGGAGAGUCGUGCGUGGACAUGGUGAGCGAUUCCACAAGAGAAUCCAAGGAAUGGGCCCAAAGUGAUGGAGAGAACGUGGUGGCCAUCUCAAGCUGGUGCGGAUUCCCAUUCUAUGACAUCGACUUUGGGUGGGGGAAGCCGGACUUGGUGAGCAACACCUGCAUUCCUGUCCGCAUGGUUUUUCUGAUCGAUAGCAAAUCCGAGGGUGGAAUCGAUGCGUGGAUCAAUUUAAGCCAAGAGGAGAAGGUUCUUUUCGAGCAAGAUCCUGACAUUGUGGCUUUCACUUCCUGA